CAAACGCGUCCAAAUCCAGUUGGGAGUUGAGGUGCUCUCUGCCUCGGCUUCCCUGUCGGACAGUCCCCACUCGCCAGACCCAGAACGCUGUUCACAGGACCGAAGAUACCCGCCAUACUGGGAGCCUCCAGGAUUAUAGAGACACACAGGUUGCGAAGGUGAUUGAUCGCAGAGUCCUCUGCCGCUAUUCAAUAAACCGCCGACCCCGAUAGUGUCAUGAAGUCUCCAGGCGCUUCGCAAAAUCCCCACCAUCCCCCCUCCCUCCAACUCCAAUCUCAAGCCCUGGGCCUCCGCCAACGCACCGCCUGCGUCGAAAACCACCUCAACUGCCCCAUCUGCAGCGACAUCUUCGUCCUCCCCUUCCAACUCCAACAAUGCGCCCACAUCUACUGCCUGAACUGCAUCCGCACCUGGAUCCUGCACAAGCGCGAAAACGACGCUGUGGCGGAUUGUCCCGAAUGCAGGAUGGAGAUCACUACGAGACCGAAACACUGUAGCUUUGCGGCCAAGCUUAUCGAUUCGUAUGUCGAGGUGUGUUUGAAGACACCGAACGUGGGCAGCUCGAGGGGGCAGAGGUGGGAGAGUGAGAUGGAUUGGGAUCAGUCGCCUGUACGGCAUCCGCCUUCCUCGUCGUCGUCGGCACCUGCAUCCUCGUCGAGGGCCAAUCCGUGGGCGGCUGUUAAGGAGAAGAUCGAAGUCGCACGCGCACUUUUACGGAAGAAAAGUUUGGCGAGAACUCUCCCGUUUUUUGAUUUGUUCCCGAACGAGGAGGAUAUGUUGAUUUUCGAUCAUGAGGACGGCGUCAGUCGAUGCUCGCGCUGCCACUGGGAGAUCGAAGACGGCCGCUGCGUUGGCUGCGGACACGUAUAUAGCAGGCCCCAGGGUGCACCGCCACAUAUAGCCGAGGAGGAGGAGGAGGAGGAAGAUGACGAAGCUUACGAGGAGUCGUAUACUUCCGAUGACGGGUUUGUGGUGGAUGAUGAUGAGCCUGACGAUGACGGUGGUGGCGGUGGUGGUGGUGCUGCAGGCAGAAGGACAAGGCUUGUAUACGCAGAGGAUACAGAUGAGGACGAGGAUGGACAGCCAGGGCCAAGCACGAACGGCAGCCGUCACGCUGCGGAUAUAACCUCAAGCGAUGACGAAGCGAACGCCGGCCCAUCGAACGGCAGACAUCGUGCGGAUAUAACCUCAAGCGACGAAGAUUCAUACGUCGGCCGAUCCGCGAACGGUCAUACCCGUAUCGCCGCAGACAGCUCGAGCGGAGAAGACGACGGGAGUGCGAGGCAGAGGAAGCGGAAACGGUCUAGGUUGAUUGAUGAUGAGGCGGAGGAGGUUAGUGAGGAGAGUGAUGAGGACGGGGGAGAUAGUGAUGAUGGAGUUCCCCACCGCCGCCGCCGUCUAAACCCCACCGACCAAACACGCGCCUACCUAAACGGGCUAGAAGGUAACUUCAACAACGACACUUCCGAAGAAGACGAAGCCGACUCCCCCGUGCAGCGGCGGCACCAUUACAGCACCGAAGAAGAAGAGGAUUCCCCCGUACGACACCAUCACUACGACCCGGAAGAAGACGAAGAGGACUCCCCAAGGCCCCGUGUGGCCCGUCACCCUUACGACACCACGUCAGAAGAAGCCGGCUCCCCCGUACAGCACCACCACUACGACACCGAGGAAGAGGAUUCAUCCUCCCCACCACAACCACACCAUCACCACGACACCGAGGAAGAGGAGGAGGACUCCCCAGGGCCCCAUGUGGCCCAUCACCCUUACCACACGGCAUCAGAGGAAGCGGACUCUCCCAUACAGCACCACCACUACGACACCGAGGAAGACGAUUCACCCUCCCCACCACAACGCCACCGCCCAUCCUCCUCCUCCUCCGACGACGACGAUAGCGAAUCGGACCAUAUUCAACCCCGGUCUCGCCGGCAUGUCGCGGUCUCCUCCCCCUCGGACGACGACACAGAGGAAGAAGCUACAACCACCCACUCCCCGCCCCUCCGCACCAGCGAAUCCGACCCCUCCAUCGACUCACAGGACUCGGAAUCACCGACCCACGCACAAUCCCAAUCGGACUCCCUACCCAGCUCCGAAUCCGAUGCGGAAGCAGAAGCUGCGGAUGUCCGAUCGGUGUCCCCCGCGGGUACGCUUGAGUCUGGUGGGGAUGGAAGUGAACGCGGGCUGGAGAGUGGGGAUGAGGAGAUGGAUGUGGCGCAUUCGGAUUCGGAAUCCGAAGAGGGUGCGGCUGUGAGCGAGGGUGGGGAGGAUAUCGAGACUGGGAGUGGUAGUUCGAGUGAGAGUUCUGAGAGUUCUGAGAGUUCUGAGAGUUCCGAGAGUUCCGAGAGUUCCGAGAGCAGUGAGAGCUCUGAGAGUGAGAGUAGUAGUGAGGAGAGCGAGAGUGGGAGUGAUUGAAAAGGGAGGGCAAAACGAUCUGAUGUGAGGGUUAUGUGGGAGUUAUGGCGUAUGUUUAUAGGGGUAUAUGUAGGCAACAUUUCACAAUCACACA